UCAGCUUCUGCGCGUUCAGAGCGGACGGUAAGGGUGCAGAAGCAGCGAUGCCGGAGGUGGCGGAGAAGUGGCGGUUCCGUGUCGCCGCACUGCUGCUGCUGCCGCUGCUACUGCUCGAAGUGGCCAAGUCGUCGCUCUGGGGUAGUGGGCGUCGCUAUACCCCCGACUGGCGGAGCCUGGACUCCCGGCCGCUGCCGGUCUGGUUCGAUGAGGCCAAGUUCGGGGUGUUUGUGCACUGGGGCGUGUACUCGGUGCCGGCCUGGGGCAGCGAGUGGUUCUGGUGGCACUGGCAGGGUGAGGGACUGCCCCAGUACCGGCGCUUCAUGAACGAGAACUACCCGCCCGGCUUCAGCUACCCCGAGUUCGGACCGCAGUUCACAGCGCGCUUCUUCGAACCGGAAAAGUGGGCCGACCUCUUUAUGGCCUCGGGGGCGAAGUAUGUGGUCUUCACAACAAAACAUCACGAAGGCUUCACAAACUGGCCAAGUCCUGUGUCUUGGAAUUGGAACUCUAAGGACGUGGGGCCCCAUCGUGAUUUGGUUGGUGAGUUGGGAGCAGCUGUCCGGAGUAGGAACCUGCGCUACGGCCUCUACCACUCACUCUUAGAGUGGUUCCAUCCACUCUACCAACUGGAUAAGAAAAAUGGCUUCAAAACUCAGAAUUUUGUCAAUGUAAAAACAACUCCAGAGCUGUACCACCUUGUUAACAGCUACAAGCCUGACAUCAUCUGGUCAGAUGGGGAGUGGGAGUCUCCCGAUACUUACUGGAACGCCACUGGUUUUCUUUCUUGGCUCUACAAUGAUAGCCCCAUCAAGGCUAAGGUGGUGGUAAAUGAUCGAUGGGGUAGGAACACUUCCUGUCACCACGGAGGGUUCUACAACUGUCAAGAUAAAUUCCAGCCACAGAGCUUGCUGGACCACAAAUGGGAGAUGUGCACCAGCAUCGACAAGAACUCCUGGGGCUAUCGUCGGGACAUGAUCAUGGCGGAUAUCUUGAGUGAAUCUGAAAUCAUAUGGGAACUGGUUCAGACUGUGAGUUUGGGAGGCAACUAUCUUCUCAACAUCGCACCAACCAAAGAUGGAUUGAUCGACCCCAUCUUCCAAGAAAGGCUCCUUUCUGUUGGCAGGUGGAUGAAUGUCAACGGGGAGGCCAUCUAUUCCUCCAAACCUUGGCGGGUGCAAUUCGAAAAGAACGCCUCUGUGUGGUAUACCUCACAAGAAUUAGCUGUUUAUGCCAUUUUUUUACGUUGGCCAGAAAAUGGAAUCUUAAACAUCAUAUCCCCCAUAACUACACCAAAUACAAAAAUCUCAAUGCUCGGAAUCCAGGGGGAUCUGAAAUGGGUUGAACGCCAGGACGAAGGUCUCCUCAUCUCUCUGCCCCUGUUGCUGCCCUCUGCUCUCCCAGUGGGGUCUGCUUGGACUAUAAAGCUGGUAGGAGUGGAAUGACCGCAGGAGUUCAAGAGGCUGGGGACUCUGCCUGCUGUGUGCUGCUUUGAUUUUCUUUUUUAAUAGUACCAUCAUUAUAAUAAAGUAAUUUCUUCCCUA